CGUCGCGGUGUGCUCUGCGUAUAAGCGCCUGCUCCAGAGCUUUCGGUCUUAGUAUCGCUCACUCGUCUAGCAUUAUGAUUGUCAACAAGUUUCUGCUUUGCGAGCACGGGCACGAAUUUUGCCAUCAUUGCCUAUGCGACUACCGGAGCGUCAACGAUGGCACGUUCGACGAUAUGGAUCCAGCCGCCAUGCUGGAAUACGUUCAGCUUGUCUCCAAAAACAAAGGCAAAGAUCUGAGGAAGCCUUUGUCUAUCGCCGGGAAAUUCAUACCCACAAGCGAACAGAAGAACGGCGACACUGGAGCCCUUUGCCAGUCUCACAAGCUGAGAGACUGUCAAGAGUGCUUCGAUUGGAAGAAGAUGCUCACCGAACAAGGCUCGAAGAAGGGCAAGGCGAAGGCCAAGCCGCACAAGAUCGAAGAUCGCGAGCAGAUUUUGGCUCUUCUGCAGUCGAUGGCUGUAAAUCUGCCGUCCGACACGAAGCUGCCCAAAGAUGCUCUCGAGAAGCGCUUGACUGCGGCGCUGUCCAUGUGCCAAUCUGUGUCUUCGUUCUCGGAUAAAUUUCCAUUGGACCCGUCUGUGUGCCCAGCUUGGAAGGACAAAAGUGCGCUUGAGGGAUUCCGCAUGGGGACGCUCAUGGAGGCCUAUCAGGCUUUUCGAGCGGAAAGCGAAGGUCGUGUCCCCAACGUUCUGCCUUCAUACGAGAACGCUUUUAACGAUCUUCGACAGAAGAUCAUGUAUCUCGCCAAGAUGUACGACGACGGACAACCUACGUGCGUCUUGCAGGACGAGGAAGGUCAGGAGGCUAUAUGCGUGCGGGUCUUGGGCGUCCACGCUCUGAACGACAAGACGCCGGUCAUGAGCGUCGUCUACUACACCGGUCGUGCGAACGAGCCGAAGAACGACACAUACGUCUUCAUCUACGAGCAGCUGAAGAAGGAGCGGAUGCUGGAAGUGCGAUGCACGGUGCAGGAGCAGGCGCUCCUGAGGAAGCUUCUACACCACAAUUCUCAGGAGCUCUCCCAAAACUACAAGCCCAAGCUCGAGCCGCACGAGAAGAACUUCAAGAUCAGCUUCUUGCUACCGGUGUCUCCGCUCAGCCAGUUUGACAUCGGAAAACUGACGAGCAAUACUGGGUGUGUGGUUUGUGGCAAGAGGACGACGAGCCGUUGCACGGGUUGCUUGGCGGUUGCGUACUGUGGUCCUGAGUGUCAGCGAGCUCACUGGAAGGACCACAAGUCGUUCUGUCGCGCUAUCCGCGGCGGCAAGUGGCGCACCGUCAAGUUCACGCAGCAGCUCGAGAUCGGCGGCCAGCGCAUGUUCGGUGCCUCGCUCAACUUCUCCUCCCUACGAUCGACCAGCUUCCAGCAACCGGACGAACCAGCUUCGGCAUCUGGCAAUCAACACAACGACCAUGCGUUUCUCGUCAAAAUUCAGCGGCCUGCUAGCCUUACGAGAAACGAUGAUCUGUCUGGAUUGCUGGUCUAUGAUCGGGGGAGGACCUUCCAGGGGUAUAUCACGAUUAGGGAGAACCCGGUGGGAUACAGGGAGGUUAUGAACGAGAUGGCGGACGGGCGGCUGAAGGUCUACCGAUGGGCGAAACGCGUGGGCGACUCCGAGCUCAAUUUAUGUCUCGAUAGGGAACCGUUGACGGUGCCGCAGUGGUAGAGCUCGCAUCAACUUGUACUCAGAACUGACUUGUACCGCCUUCAAAACACCUUCAGAUUAUGGGCCAGACGAGGAGGGAC